AUGAGGCUGCGGAGAGUCAAGCAGGUGGCGCUUCACGUAGUGGUGGGGCAGGCCGUGGCAUUGCUGAACUCGCUCACAGGAGUUUCGACAAAUAUGCUUGUGGAGAAUGAUGCCAGUUAUCCUAGCCUGCAGUGUGUGACAGCGUAUGCUUGUAUCUUCGUCGUAUAUUGCCCACUGUUUCUCUUUAUGUUUUUUCUGCACCGGCAUCGGGAGUACUCAAAUUUCACAUUUUUUCAUCGUCCGUGGAAGUACGCCAUGCUUGGACUAAUUGACAUGGAGGCGAAUUUCGUGAUCGUCAAGGCCUACCCGUUCACGGAUAUGGUGUCAGCCCAGCUCCUAGGCUGUUUCACAAUACCUUGUGUGCUUCUAAUGAGUUACUUCAUCUUUAAGAUGCGCUUUUCCAUUACUCAUAUCGCUGGAUGUGUGAUCGCGACGGGAGGGCUGGCGCUUCUCAUUGUGUUGGACGCCGACGGCAUAUCACGUGACUCUGAUGCACCUAGUGCUGUUAAGGGGGACAUGCUGUGUCUCCUCUCUGCUGUUCUCUACGCAGUUAGCAAUGUGUUAACAGAGUAUUUCAUUAAGCCUCAGCCGAGAGUAUCACGUAGCGAUGAAAAUGAGCUUGUUGGUGGCACGCAAGAGGCAGAGAGUGUUAUAAUUGAGAUGGAUGCCGGUAGGCACCUAUCAGUAAAGCCUCAGUUAGUAGGGGCAUGCCCCAAAGCAUCGUGUUCACCUAACACUAUUCCAGGUGCGGAGAGGGAGCAGAAACAGCGAGUGAUCGAGGCGUGCGGGGAGAUUCUGCCGGAGGUCCCCAAGUACAUACCCAUUAUGGAGAACUUGUUUUGUAUGUCCGGAUGUGCUCUUGUGUUUGCGACAAUUCAGUUUUUUGCUGUGGAGUGGAAGACAUUCUCGCCUGCACGAGAGACGUGGACUAAUCGAGACUGGUUGUUUCAAAUGAUGUUUGGGUUGACGAUGCUCUGCGUAUACACUGGCCUACCCAUCCUGUUCCUAAUUGCAAGUGCGGCGUUUGCUAAUAUAUCCUUGCUAGCAGUGAGUAUAAUUUGGUAUAAUUUGGAACACGACAAUCUUUGGAGUCUAUCCAACCCCUGUGUUCUUUGCAUCAUAUGUGAUCAUCAUCGCCGGUGUCCUGCUGUACGCCCUCUCCGACAUUCCUUGGGCCUGGUGACCGCGCAUCAAUUACCCCUGCGGUGA